AUGGAGGGGGUUGGAUGGUGCAGAGGGGGUGGGGAGAGGGGCCGGUGGAGGGGGGAGGAAAUGGUGGGGGGGUUCCCCUCCCCCAGGGUUAAUUCUCUAUCUAUAUUCAAUGGCAUCUGGCCGAUACAGGAGCCGCCUCCAUUGGGGGUGGCAUUACUGGCUAACCCUGUUGUCCUUGUAGAUUAUUUUAUAGCUUACCUGGCGGGCAGAUGGGUCCGAGGACCAGUUUGCCCUUCCUACUUCCUGCCAAGUCUAACAUAAAUUUUCAAUAGGUUACACAAUGUGGAGAGGGUUAAGUGGAAUCCCUCUACUUCACUCUAGAUUGGUUUUAAUACCGUCUCCCGCGGUGAGGGAACUACCUAACACUAUAGCGAUAUGCUUUACUUACAACUCACUCAACCAUACUCCAUUCACUAAACUAGACAAUAGAGUUUUUACGGACUGUUGAUAGCAAUAUGAACACAAUUAUUUAAGAAGCAAACGAUGUACAUUUUUACAAUUACUGUUAAACCCCGUUAUAUCCGAAACUCCGAA